AUGGCGCUCAAGAAUCUUCUAUCGAGCGACUUCUUGCAACGGAUACUGAAUCCUAAGCUAAUCGAAGAGAUACAAGGCCCGAUAUCCCGGCCGAAGGUGGCGACUAACGCAGUAGAAGGGAUCAGCGCGAUCAUCCAGCUGCUGCAAGAUGCAGGAUACGUCGCUGGGGCGUUCGAUGCGAACGAACUGCUGGAACGCGAUCAGGAUCAGGUUAUCCAUGCGUGUCGAUCGCUGUAUGACAAGCUAAUUUCUCUGACGGGGAAGUGCAAAUCCGCGGAUCAAGCGGUUGCCACGAUCGCCGAUGUCCCGAGGGGGUAUCAUGCCGGAUCGUCACAAUAUGCAUCUGCGGAAUACGAGAUGGAGUCGUACGAUUCCGUAGGCAUCCAGAGAAUGUCUCUAGGCCCAAGUGGUGCAACAUAUCUACGCGAUCGAGUCGAGUCGGUGAAGCUGAACUCGCGAUCGAAGGCCAAAGGCGCUAAAGAGCAGAUGACGACUACUACGCAAGGACUCCUGCAGACAUACCUCGAUGAGGCCAUGGAACGUUUUCGCCAAGAUCAACGGGAACGAGCGUAUCAAGCGAUCUAA